AUGCUGGUUUGUCGAGGACAAAAUCGCGCAUUUUCUAAAUUUCUACAAAUUUCUGCAAAAGUUCAAGAAGCUUUGAAGAAUGGCGAAGGAGUUGUUGCAUUGGAAAGCACUGUUAUCACUCACGGUUUGCCAUUUCCGCAUAAUUUGAGGUGAGUGUGAUUUGUUUUUUAAAUUUUUGAUUUUUAUCAAAUAAUUGAUGUGUUUAUAUUUUCUUAUUUUUGUGUUAUUUUUUUUCAAAUUUUACUACAUUUUGAACUGAAUUUUCAAUGAUCAGGGUUAACUGUCAAAAAAAACUAUAAAAAUGCUGAUUAAAAUAUUUUCUCUUGGAAGAACAAGAUAGUGCAUUUUAUCGAUAGUUUCAGUCAAUUUUCUCUGAAAAUGCAAUAAACCUUGUGAUUAAAAACUACAUUUUUUUCCAAAUAGUUCGCCUUUUCAAAAAUUUACUGUCAAAAACCAUAAAACUGCUCUAUAAAUGUGUGCCUUUGGGAAGACAACAGGCGUUUUUUUUUCUAGAGUAAAUUUUUGUUUGGAAAAAAUCAACCUUUUUUGAACAAGUAAUAUUUCAAUUUGCUCCAUAAACAAAGAGAAAUUUCUGACACAUCGGAAAAUUUGGUUUCGGGAAGAUUUAUAGGAAUGUAAAAUCAACUAUUCGAAAACAAUAAAUUAUUUUCCGUGUUGUGAGAAUUACAACGUAGAGUAUUUCGGAAUUAGGUUUCAAUUGGAAAAUUUAGUAGUUUCUUUAAUAAAAAAAUUCCAUACUCCUAAUUUUGUAAAACAGAUUUGAAAAAGGAUCUCAAAAUUGUCAUUUUGGAUUGAGAAAUUUCAAAAAAAAAUGAAUUUAAAAAACAUCAUUCAGAUAAUUUUCUGAUCAUUUUCAGCACAGCUCGCGAUCUUGAAGACCAAGUUCGUCAAUCUGGCAGUGUUCCAGCAACCAUCGCGCUACUUGAUGGCCAUAUUCAUGUCGGUCUUGAUGCCGAUCAACUCAAACACAUUGCCUCCAGCUCGAAAGAAGCUGUUAAAGUAUCAACCAGAGAUAUUGCCAAAACUCUGGUGAAACGUCAAAUUGGUGGAACAACUGUUGCCUCGACAAUGAAAAUUGCAGAUGCUGCUGGAAUUCGAGUUUUUGCAACAGGUGGAAUAGGAGGUGUUCAUCGAGGAGCUGAUCAAAGUCAGUCUUUUUUUUUCAUUAAACAAAGUUUAGAAUUGAAAAUUUUUCAUUUCAGCUUUCGAUAUUUCUGCUGAUCUUCAAGAAUUAUCAAAGACACCAGUUUGUGUCGUUUGCUCAGGUGUCAAGAGUAUUUUGGAUAUUCCAAAAACAGUUGAAUACUUGGUAAGAUAAAUAGUUUUUUAUCAAUGUUCAAUCUAUAAUUUUCAUUUCUUUUAGGAAACUCAUUCGGUGAACUGUGUUGUUUUUGGAGAAGAAAAUGUAUUUCCAAGUUUCUUCACCAGAAAAUCUAACAGAAAAGGACAAUUCAACACAACAGAUCUUGAGGAAAUCGUCAGACUUUUGGAAACUUCAAAAAAGUUGGGAUUGCCUUAUGGAACUGUAUUGGCUUGCCCAAUUCCAGAAGAAUUCGCUGCAGAUGGAAAUGUUAUUCAGAUGGCUAUUGAGAAAGCAUUGAAAGAAGCAGAGUGAGUAGAGAAAACAUAUACAGUUAUAUAUUUUGGAUACGUAUUUCUGUUGGUGAAUAACAAAAGAAAUUUUGGAUAAAAAUAGACAAAAACAAUAGUACAUUACCGUUACUGUGGUGGGAAAGUUGUGUACUUUUUUGGAGUGUUUUUUCCCACCUAAGCUGAUUGUUUCGAAUAUGAGUGUGAAAAUGAAUGAAAGAUUUUGUUGGGAAGUUUGAAUGUGAACAAAAUAUAACGUGAUACAACUGUACUCACCAGUAAUUUAGACAUCCUAACACCUGAAAAACAGCAUCCAAGCGUAACUCUUGAUAUAUAAAAAAUCAUAAAAUUCAUUCAUUGUUUCCUGAAAAAUAUUCAAAGUUAACUAUUUUCUAGAGAACAAUCAAUUGCUUCACAAAACGUCACACCAUUCAUUCUUGCUCGAGUUAAUGAGCUCACUAAAGGAGCUUCAAUGAAAACAAGUAUGGUUCUUUCAAUUCUCUGAAAUGUUUUGUCUUCCAAUUUUCCUUUUCAGAUAUUGCUCUUCUCAAAAACAAUGCUCGAAUCGCGGGUCAACUAGCUCAGAAACUGAAACUCUACAAACCUCCACAAAACUUCAGUCAACAACCAAAAGCAGUCAAAAAGGCGUCAAAAGUUGUGAGUUGACCUUUUUCUUCAACAAACACGCAUCAUUGUUUACAUAUUGUAACAAAUGAUUUUUCUAAUUAAAGGUUUCAAUCGGAGCAACAAUCGUCGAUUUCGAGGCAAUCACGAGGGACGACAUUAAGGUGAGAAAUUGA